AUGAUAAACACCCAAGUUCUACUUUUUGAUUAUGACAAUCCAGGUUCAUCAGAUCUUCUCGAUUCUACAUUCACUGAUCAAAAUGGAAGUUAUACUAUAUCUGGAAGCGAAAGGGAAUUCGGAGGAAUUGAAGCAUUCAUGUGUAUUAAACAUAACUGUUUAGUAUGGCGUCCGGGACAAAUUGAAUGUUGGAGAUUUGAAAAGAAGGAUUUGGAUAAAGUAAUCAAAUUGAAUGAGGAUCUGGGUAAAGGAAAGAAGAUAAAGACUUAUUAUGCGGAGUUUGCUGAAAUUGCUAGACCAUAUUUUAAGUGA